AUGGCGGCCAGUUCUGAACGAAGUCCCCCUCCCUUUCCCGACUCAGAGGACCAGGAACUAGAACCCGACUUUGAUAAUGAGGACAGUGAUGAAGGAGCGGAUAUUUUCACUGGCAGUACCAUGGCUGAUUCGAAGAUGGACCCUCCUCUGCCGACAAGUACCGACAAGUUACCAAAUGACCUCUUUAGUGACUCGACACCCGAACCUCUUAGCGAUCCUUUAAGCGAUGCCUCCAACAAAACAGAGAGUGAAACUGCCAGCAAACUUUCACCUGACAUUACUGAGGUAGAGCUUGCCUCUGAUGAGCCGACAGCCGACCUACUGAAUGAACCUGUUGGCGAAUCCACUGAUGAACCCAACAUUUACUCAAACAGUGCAUCAGUGACUGCCCUUAUAGAGGAACCAUUAGAUAACCCCACAGAGAAGGAACCAUUAGAUAAACCCACAGAAAAGGAACCAUUAGAUAACCCACCAGAGAAGGAACCAUUAGAUAACCCCACAGAGGAGGUGCCAUUAGAUAACCCCACAGAGGAGGUGCCAUUAGAUAACCCCACAGAGGAGGUGCCAUUAGAUAACCCCACAGAGAAGGUACCAUUAGAUAACCCCACAGAGAAGGAACCAUUAGAUAACCCCACAGAGAAGGAACCAUUAGAUAACCCCACAGAGGAGGAACCAUUAGAUAACCCCACAGAGGAGGAACCAUUAGAUAAAUCCACAGAGGAGCCACUGGGGACUGAAAUCAGCAAGCCUGAGGAGGAAAUCGUCAUUAGCGAACCUGUCAGUGCCAUCAGUGAACCAUUAAAAAGCGCCGAUGAAGAACCACAGAAGGACAUCGUUGAAGAAUCUCAUAAGGAAGUCACUGAGGAACCACCUAGUAAGGUACAAAGUGACACUGCCACUAAACCGUCAACUGACCUGUUUGGGGACUCUCCUGAUGACGAUGAUGAUCUGUUUAAAGAGCCGCUGGGUGCUAUGGCAAAAAAGCCUCAGAGCAGCAUUUUCAGCGAGCCACAGGUUGACAUAUUUGCCGAAGCAAAAGGUGAUGUAGUCAGCAAACCACAGAAUGAGCAGCCUAAAGAUGUUCCAACUGACAUUUUCACUGAGGAAGCCCUGAUUCCAGUUAUCAACACAGCGACUAAACCCAGUGUCAGUGCUAGUUCAAAGACGAAUGGGGUGCACUCUGACGAAGAGGAGCAAGAUAUCUUUGCAGAGGCGACUGUAGAGCUUUCUCUGGACAGUCCUCGGAAAGAGCGAAAGAAACAAGAUGUGGCCAAGCCCUCAGCAUCUGCACCAUCCAUUUCAGUGACACCGAGCACUUCCAAACCCCAGCCCAAGACUCUGGAGGAGCUGGAGGAGGAGGAGAGUGAGGACAAAUUUGAGUUGAAUAUCUCAGUGACAAACCCAGAGAAAGUUGGUGAUGGUAUGAAUGCUUAUAUGGCCUACAAAGUGUCCACACAGACCACCAUGCCUAUGUUCAGAAAUAAGACCUUUACAGUAAGAAGACGCUUCAGUGAUUUCCUGGGGCUGUACGAGAAGCUUUCGGAGAAACACUCGCAGAAUGGUUACAUAGUGCCCCCACCGCCUGAGAAAAGCAUUUUGGGGAUGACCAAGGUGAAAGUUGGGAAGGAGGACCCAUCAUCUGCUGAGUUUGUGGAGAGGAGGAGGGCAGCCCUGGAGAGGUACCUCCAGAGAGUGGUGUCUCACCCUUCGCUCUUGCAGGACCCAGAUGUGAGAGAGUUCCUAGAGCGAGAUGAGCUCCCCAGGGCAGUCAGCACACAGGCUCUCAGUGGGGCUGGUUUCUUAAAAAUGAUCAACAAGGCCACAGAUGCAGUCAGCAAGAUGACCAUCAAGAUGAAUGAAUCUGAUAUUUGGUUUGAGGAGAAGCUCCAGGAGGUGGAGAGUGAGGACCAGCAGCUGAGGAAGCUACAUGCCAUGGUUGACUCCCUGGUUAACCACAGAAAAGAGCUGUCUGUGAACACGGCAGUGUUUGCCAAGAGCGUGGCCAUGCUGGGUAGUUCAGAGGACAACACGGCUCUGUCUCGUGCGCUCUCCCAGCUCGCCGAGGUGGAGGAUAAGAUUGAACAGCUACACGCUGAGCAGGCCAGCAAUGACUUCUUCAUCUUUGCAGAACUCCUGGCUGACUACAUACGCCUGCUGGGGGCCGUCAGGGCGAGUUUUGACCAGCGUAUGAAGACAUGGCAGAGGUGGCAGGAUGCACAGAACAUGCUACAGAGGAAACGAGAGACCGAGGCCAAGCUGCUGUGGGCAAACAAGCCCGACAAGCUUCAACAGGCCAAGGACGAGAUCGCUGAGUGGGAGGCCAAGGUGACCCAGUAUGAGAGAGACUUUGAGAGAGUGUCUGCCACAGUGAGAAAAGAAGUCAUCAGGUUUGAGAAAGAGAAAGCCAGGGAUUUCAAGAAAAAUAUUAUGAAAUAUCUGGAGUCUCUGCUUCGUUCACAACAACAGCUGAUAAAAUACUGGGAGGCAUUUUUGCCAGAAGCAAAGGCAAUCGCGUGAUGGUGCAAACACACCUGGGGUAGAAGGCGGCCGCCUUUCUUUUUAUACACUUUACCUCUCGCCUAUAAACCAAGAGAAGACAACGAGACGCGCUGCAAAGGGAAUUAGAAAACAAUCUAAUCAUGUUUUUUUGGGUUGUUGUUUUUUUUUUUUUUUAAUCAUUCAGAAUCUAUAACUCUUCAUGCUAACUAUUGUAUUAACAAUUGUAUAUUUUUCAUUUAACCUCUACAUAUAUUUUCAUAAUGACAAAACUUUGUUAGAUGACGUGUGCACGAUUGCAGGGUGUGGGUCCCCUCCUAUGUGUAUGCAAACAGAUGUCUUCUUUUGUCACAGUUAGGUAGGUGCCAUUAGAGAAGUUAAUGAUCGUGUCAUAGCGAGGGCUGAGGGAUGUUGCACUAUGAGAUUUAAUUCAUCAGCAAUGUUAAAUCGUUUACAACAGGGGGCACUCUCCCACCACACAAAAUGCACUUGGUUCCAUUUUCUUUCUCUCUCUUGUCAUUUAAGAAACCUUUUUUCCCCAGCCUUUUUAAAAGGGGAUUAACUCCGUUUAAACAUUUGUUGAAUUCAUCAUUAUGAGUUUGAGGAGAUUCAAAUGUUAGGCUGUUAUUAGGAGCAGGUAAUUGCACCUAAACAAAAGCUUUGUUGACUAGUGAAAGGCGUAGCUCCAUUCGACCGUUAAUGCCCAUUAAUAGAUGUUAAUGCCCAUUAAUAGAUGUUAAUGCCUUUUUUUUCUUUUUACUUUAAUGGACAUACUGUCAGCAUGGCCAUGAUUUUAAGUGACUUCCUGUAGAGUACUUCUGGAUAUCACUGAGCGGGAUCUUGGCAGCCUUUUUGAGUGAAAUAAUGUCAGACUAUGAGAGAAUUCCCUUUAUCCUAAGCCCUCUCUAACGGCACUGCUUUGGCUUCACUGUCUCGCUCAGCUAGCUUUGUUUUGGAUCUGGAGUGCUGAACAUCAGAGGAAAGGUUGCAGUAGCUACUGUAAGCUGAUGGGCUGUGUGUGUUUUGAGAGUAUGAGGACAAACCCAGGCUUGGCUGUUCUGUAGUGGUGGGUUAUGGCCUGUAGUCAUUACUAUUAACAUUUAGUGACUCACAGCUGUUGCCAAGUCUGCUCCACACACUAAGCCUGUAAAUGGACUACAGAUAGUGGAAACAUUCUGUAUAGCAACUGGUGACUCUUCUAGACUGACCUUUUAAUUAUGCACUACAGUGUCAAUGGUCAUUUCCAAGGAAAGCCAUUUUGCUUAGUCUUAUUCAAUGUUUUUUUUUUCUGUUUUGUUACCCUGACUAACCUGAGUAGAAAACACCCAUGUCACGUCCUGAAUAGAGGGCAGAAUGUCUGCUGCCAGUGAGCAGAAUUCACUGUAAUAUGGUAGAUUCCAGAAUCGGUAAGGUAUACUAUUUUGGGAUAAUAUUUUGAGGGUUGUCCAAUCAACACCAGAUUUGUUUUGUGCUGAGCAGUGUAUAACCAAGGUUAUACCAAGUUAGCUUGAACUACAAAAAUGCCACAGUUCAGCUACAGUUUAAAGUUUUUUUUAUUGUCAUUAUUAUUCCAGCUAGUCCUGUCAUUUUAUCAUACUUUUUUUUUAAAUGAAAAACCUGGUCUAUCGUCUAACGUUUCAUUUGUAAAAUUCGGUAGAUGAAUUUUGUUUUACCUUUGUCAGAACACAUGCAGAAAUUACGUUUGAUACGGUUUCAUGUUCAAAAAAUGAGAGAGAGAGGGAUGUUUUCUUGCGCUGCUACCCUGAUAAGUAAAUCAGGGGGAAUCAGUGUUUCAGUUUUCACUGAGCACCUUACAGUGCAAACUGUUCCAUUCAUUUGGAUGCAAACUUAACCGACAGUACCAUUCACCACCUUCCGAGUUUCCUCUUUACUUUUUUCUGUAUCUUUUCAGACUUUAAGUAUUUCAGAGUAUUUUGUAGAGAAAGCCACUCAGAUUUAUGAACAGACAUCACAGGGGUCACACUCAUUCAUUUAAGUUGAUGGCUCACACUUUUUUUUUUUUUUUUUUGCUUUUACUGCCUUUAUCAAAACUUGGAAAAUAAAGUUUCUUUCUAAAAAAAAAUGAAA